UUCACGUAGGACACGACGGCUGCCGUUUCUUCUUUACGCCCGCAUGACACAAUCGAAGCCCAGUUCAUGUGAUACGUAACGCCGGCGGUGGUGGUGGGGGGGGGGGGUUCGUGUUGGGGAAGGGCGCCCCUAUCGGAGGCUCGAUGCCAUCUCAACCUGAUUGCGCCACGAUUGGCAGCGACAAACUUUUCAAUUAAAGCAGGUAGUGUCCAAAAAACAUCUCUUCAAUCCCACCCCGGCGUUUUGGUUUUGGUCCAUAGGAGUCCAAUUCUCACCGGUGAAUGUGUGGGUCGGGACCUUGUGAGCGUCGUAUACUUGGACUGUGCAUUGGACCACAAUGGCGCAGUUGGGCCACGUUUCUUGUCGGACCCCCAACACAACUUAGAACCCCCCCCCCCCUCCUUCGCCCGCUCAUUUUGGGACAAGGGGGAAUGGUGGGGUGAAGGGAUUCACAGUUUUAAAGUUUUGGACCGGGGAGUUGUUCGACCAGCUCCGUCAUGCCGGAAUUGAUGAAGACACGGCCACGUAGAGUUGAACGUGCCGUUCCCUGUUUCUAAUCUCCGCGCGCGCAGCAGUCACAACACGCGUAACGGACGCCAUUUGCGAUGUGGUUGCCUUAGCAAUGGAUGGGGAGUUGGAACCCAACCCUGCUGUUCCAGAAGAGGAGGUGGCGACAGCCGGGGCAGCGGCGGCAGCAGGGGAGCACGUGGAGGCCGCUGCUGCACCCACUGUGGAGACCCCAGAGUCGGUUGCCGUGGCAACACAUGACGACGAGCCACCAAAAAAGGGCAGCGGCGAGGACGACGACGUGGUUCUGGUAGAGGAGCAUGCCCCCGAGCUCCCGCCUUUAAAUGAGUGUCCGGAGUGCCCCGCUGACAUGGAGACAGAAAAUAAGUCGCCCGCCCAGGCGACGCCGCCCGCUGAGGUAACCCUGCACGCCGAGGUGACACCACCUGCUGCGGCGACACCCGACGCAUCCGAGCCCUCCAACCCCGCCUCGGCGGCCGAGCCCAUCGUUAUUGACGACGAGGAGGAGCCUGAGGAGAAGCAGGGCGGUUCCUCGCCUGCCAACCUCAGCAGUAUGGAACCACAUUCGGAGAUCCGCAUCGCCAACGUCACCACGCUGGGCAAGAAAAGAGGCGCCGAGGGCAAAACGUCACCAGGGGAUGCUCAAGCUGACUUGAUGAUCACCUCGGUGACGUCACUCCAGGAUGGACCAAUGUCAGGCGACGGCGCGGCAGAAGAAAACGGCCUGCAGAUCAGCAGCACCUUCAGCCUGAAUUCCGACGCAACAUCUGGAAGACCGAGCGCUUCCUUCAACCCCGGGCGGGGCUCGGCAGUGCAAAACGGUGACACAGGGACACACAACAGAACAGACUCAUGGAUUUCCCAGUCAGCGUCGGUACCUCGCAACCAAAAGCAAACGGGGGUGGACUCUUUAUCUACCGCUACUUCCCUGCCCAAGCCUCCGGGACAGUCUUCCUCUUCCUCGCCAGGCACCCAGUCGCAACCCAGGACGGUGAAGGUGACGUGUGCAAACUGUAAGAAGCCUCUGAAGAAAGGUCAAACAGCGUACCAGCGCAAAGGGUCCACCCACCUUUUCUGCUCCACCACCUGCUUGUCCGCCUUCUCACAUAAACCUCCACCAAAAAAAAGCUGCACCAUGUGUAAAAAGGAUAUCACCAACAUGAAAGGUACCAUCGUGGCCCAGGUGGACUCAAGCGAGUCUUUCCAGGAGUUCUGCAGCACCGGCUGCCUGGGGGCCUACGAGAACAAGCAAAACCCGCCCAAGUCCAGCCUCAAAACCAAAUGCACAGUCUGUGGAAAACUCACUGAGAUCCGUCAUGAGGUGAGCUUCAAAACGGUGACUCACAAGAUCUGCAGCGAUAUGUGCUUCAAUGUGUACCGUCGAGCCAACGGUCUCAUCAUGAACUGCUGCGAGCAGUGCGGCGACUACCUGCCUACCAGGCCCUCCGCCAACCACUUCUUGCUGGUGGACGGACAGCAGAAGCGCUUUUGCUGUCAGAAAUGCAUCAAGGACUUUAAGCAGGCUCACAGCAAACUAGCGAACUGCCUCAUGUGCAAGACGCUGAUCAAGACGGGCGAAGUGGUCCUGGGCCUGGGCGCCGACGGUACCAUGGGCUCAUACUGCUCCACCAACUGCAUGAACAAGGCCAAGAAGGCCACUGCCACAUUCCAUUACGCGGAGCCAUCAUGUCACUUCUGCAAGAGGAACUCUUUACCUCAGUACCAGGCCACGCUACCCGAGGGAAACGUCCUCAACUUCUGCAGCUCGCACUGUGUGACCAAGUUCCAGAAUGCCACCCUCCAGACGGCCACCAACGGAGAGGCAUCACUGUCCACUAACAAAAACAACGCGGUGCAGCUCAAAUGUAACUACUGCAGAGGAGCAUUCAGCGUCAAGCCCGAGACACUGGAGUGGGAGGACAAAGUGUACCACUUCUGCAGUAAGGUGUGCUGCGACGACUACAAGAAGCUGCACUGCAUUGUCACCAUGUGUGAAUACUGCCAGGAGGAGAAGACUCUGCACAGCACCGCCAACUUCUCUGGCGAGAAGAAGCCGUUUUGCAGCGAAGGGUGCAAGCUGCUGUUCAAGCAGGACUUCAUCAAACGUUUGGGCCUAAAGUGCGUCAGCUGCAACCACUGCAGUCAGAUGUGCAAGAGAGGUGUCACGCGUCAACUUGGUGGCAUGACACGGGACUUCUGUGGUGAGCCUUGUGCCAAGAAGUUCCAUGACUGGUACCACAAGGCGGCACGCUGCGACUGCUGCAAGGUUCAGGGCCAGCUGACAGAGUCGGUAAUGUGGCGAUCCGAGAUGAAGCAGUUCUGCGACCAGCAGUGUCUUCUCAGGUUUUACUGCCAGCAGAACGAGCCCAUCAUGGCCACACAGAAAGGCCCCGAGAACAGCUGCACGGGCAUUGAUUCACAAGCUUCCAAACUUGGGCUGGUAAGCCAGGGCACGGCGGGAUACGCGGGCAGCGGACUGAUGAGAGACGUAAAAAACAAGGCAGUCCUCUGCAAGCCGCUCACCCUCACUAAGGCCACCUACUGCAAGCCACAUAUGCAGAGCAAGCCCAUACAGACGGACGUGGAUGACGGUGUGAAGCGGGAGUACGUUCCUGUCCCGAUCCCCGUGCCCGUGUUCAUCCCUAUACCCAUGAAUAUGUACUCGCAGUUAGCGCCCACGCCGCUCUCCAUGCCUCUACCGCUCCCCGUCCCCGUCUUUCUACCCACCACUCUGCAGAGCACUGAGCAGAUCGUCCAGACCAUCCAGGAGCUGAGAACUCAAUCACCCUCGGUACUUGUAGCCACCCAAGAGCACCCGCUUUCCCCAAUAUUGCAGACAUCGGAGGACCAGAAAACAGAUGUGAAGCUGGAGAAGGAGGUGAGUGAGCAUGAAGAAGAAGAUAUGGUCACCGCUAGUCCAGAGGAGGAGGUGAAGGAAGGUAAUAUGGAUCCAAAGGAGGAGGAGGAGGUAAAAGAGGAGGAAGAAGAGGGCGACUACAUGGACCUGGAGGAGGACUUUCCUCCAGCUUUGGCAUCAGUCCCAGAGGACAUUGAGGGACGUGAAGAUGAGCCGGCGCCACGACCUCAGCCAAGGACACGAGGGAACAAGAGACUGGCGGUGAAACGUAGCUUGGUCAGAGCCUCGUCGCUCCGUUCACCGCCCCUCAAAGCUCGGUACGGCAUCAACGCCUUCAGACGCUGGAUGGGCUCAGGUGGAAAAGAACUGUCCACAGGCGACCCCCAAGCGUCCGGUCCAGCUCUGGUGAAUCCCGCCGAGACCGACAUAGUGAAAAUGUGCGGCGGCGAGCUGAACGACAAGCUGUGUGGCUUUGUAAGGGAGGUGUGCCGGCCCAAUGGGGAGCGAUACGCCCCAGACAGCAUCUACUACCUCUGCCUCGGCAUCCAGAAGCAUCUGUACACCAAUGGGCAACAGAGUGACAUCUUCAGUGACUCCUGCUAUAAGGAGUUUGGAGAGGAGCUUAAUAAGGUUCUGAUCGACUGGAAGCCCAGCCUGCUUCCUGAUGGCUUAGCAUGGAGCCGCGUGGACGAGCAGUGCCUGUGGGAAGGCGGGCAUCUGGGUGGCACCACGCCCACCAUCCUUCUGCGCUCACUGGUCUAUCUAAAUGCCAAGCGCCUGCGCCUACGCAGCACCCAGCAGCAUCUACGGUUGUCCUUUGCCCACGUCUACGGCCCGAGGACCACGCACCCGGUCACCUCCGGGGAGAGCCGCGUGUCUCCUGUCUCUCAGGUUGAAAAGGAUUCUCGCAAGAGGAAGCUGGACCAUCAGGUGUGUGAAGACGGCGACACGGGACCACUUGGUCCCGUCACGGAGCAAGAGCGACACCUUUUCCGGCUUUACCGCUCCAAGUGCCCGGCGUCAUUGCUGGAGUCCUCGGAUUUCUUCUACGCUCAGCCUGAGUCUGCCUGGGACUGCAACGGGGCCUGGUUCACCUCCAAGCCGCUCGGGCGCCACACGCUAGAGACCCUCCUCCCCAGAGUCCUACUGGUUAGGGACAUCUACACGGACUCGCAGGAGCAAGAGGAGAAAGGUGGUGCCGAGUAGCACGUUUAAUUUGGACGCGUAGAUUGUUAGUAGAUCCACAGGGAGGCUAUAGUGAGUUGCUCUUCCAACAUUUUCUUAUGUACACCUCGUUCAUUCCUACCACAGAGCUCUGAGACGCUGCCCAUGGCUAUGAAAAAGUGGGUGGUUUUCCAGAAUGUUCCUGCAUUUGUAUUGGGGGUGGAUGGCAUCUGGACAGUUCCGGCAUGUUUUAGCUUGCUACUGAUCCGGAUACACCAUCGCCAAGCCCGAAUUGAACACCGGUGAUGUCGUUUGGAAAGUUACUUUUGGUACGUGAUUUAGGCUUAGGAAAAGACAAUCACAAGAACUGUUAGCAUGUACUCUUAGCGUCCCAUUCCUGAGCGGAUAAGGAGAUGGAUGUUUUUCAUUGGACAGCGGAGUCCUGCUCUGGUGUUUGCAGGAAGAAGUCCAAUAUUUCAGAAGGGAGGGAGAGUUCGGCUGAGGAAAGAAAUAGCGCACCUGUGCUGAAGUGGCCAAGCAUUUUGUCCUUUGUAAGUCGCAAAUCCAUUCAAACAUGGCACCGGUAUUACAUCCCUUCCAUCCAGAAUUUUGCCACAAGAAAAGGUAUAAUAUUCCCAAGGGAUGUGUAUUUGGGCUGAGAAAAAUAAUAACACAACUGUGUUAAAAUAGCCACAUUUAGCCCUUUGAAGUUACAUUACUGAGAAAUAGCAUAGCUGUUACACGUUUUUUUAAAAAUAUUUUUUUGCAAAAUCAGGAGAUGCAUAGCAAUUUCCAGAAAAACUACCAAUAUUUCGGACGGGAGAAUUGUAUGGGCUGCGAAAAAUAUUAAUAAUUUUGUCUUUUGAAGUCACACCCAUUGAGAAAUUUUGUUGCAUUUAAUAAUCAGAGCUGCAUUUUUGUUGUUGUUGUGGUGCUAUGCUGAGAGGAAAAGCCCAAAUUGUUUAGUAAGUGUACUGUAAUUGUGCAUUUGGGGAGAGCAUAGUAAUAAGUUAUUGCACGCAUUUAAUUUUCUGAGCUAAAUACUUCAACCACUGAUUUAUUUUAUUUUUUUUCCCUUCUUCCCCAAUAACUUCUAGCUUGCUAACUUGUAUAAAUGUAGAAAUACCUAAGCUGAGCAAAGUUAUACCAUAGCCGCCCUGAACAAGAUGUGUACUUUGGUAGACAUCACAUUGAAAAAUUUUCCAGCAAUGCCAUGUUUGCUCAAUAGUUUAAAAUGUGAAAAUAUUUCGAGAAAGGUAAACAUUCGAAAAUUUCUUCACAUCUCGUGCGAAAUGUCAUUUUUUGAGCACAGUUAAAACUGUCUGUCCAAAGUUAGUUCAAUUGAUUGGCAUGUACAAGAAUUUGGGACAAAACAUGUUAAAUCUUUGACGUCUAGUUUGUUUUUCUCUGAAGUCCUGUAUUUCCAAAUAUUUAGUUUAAGGAAUGUUACAUCCCAUCCAUUCAGAGCGAACUACAUCUUUUUUGUUGUUGCACCUGAUGAGAGGACAAAAAAAAACCUAUUCUUGCACUUAGUAAAAUUGAGGCUGAGGAAAAAUUCGCUCACUCGUCAGGAUCUAGCCACAAAUUUUGUCAUUUGAAAUUGCAUCAAUAACACUUAUUACUCUGUUCAAUUUUAUGGUGGCUUGUUUUCGGGAGUCCAGUAUUUGAGAAUGGGUGUGCAGAGGAAAGUAAUACCACACCCUUUCAAUACAACAGGCACAUUUCUCCUUUGAUAGCACUUUUGAGAAAUAACGCUCUUUCACUGUAUCCAUUUUUCCCCCAAAUUUUGGAGGUAUGCUUUCUGUUGUAUGUAAAGUCCCAAAAAGGUUGGCAUUUGUUUUCCCCCAACGCAUCAGGAGGUCCCCUCCCGCACCCGUACCAAAGGGCAAAGUUGUUUGAGGGUGUAAAGGAAACCAACAGUUGUCCACAAUAUCUUUCCAAGCGACAUCACCACAAAUCUUCCGAGGCUCCGCGAGGUUCAUAAGCUACCCGUCGACAUGCUGCGUGUCUCCAUUAGCACGACGUAGCCUUGCACGCUAACUGGGUUCAGAUUGUUUUGGUGGCGUCUCCGGCAAAGGAGGCAGAAGGUGUGAACUGGGAUGGUCACAAAAGGGACAAAAAGAAACACCGAACCUUUUUUUUUUUUUUUUUUUUUGCAUCAUAUUUAUUUCUCCUUGUUUCUCUCUCUUGUCCUCUUUUUGUACUUUAUUCUUUCCCAAGAACCUUCCUUGGAAAAAAAAAAGAAAAGAAAAGCAGACACUCCGCAGAAAAACAUAGACAGAGCUGGUCGCUGUUUUUUCGUUGUCCCAUUUACGUUGAUGCUUCAUUCAUUUGGUUUCUCGCAAGAAAAUGAAAGCUAAACUCAGGUUUGCGUUGGAAGGAUUUGCCAUCAUAAUGACUUAAAAUUCACAUUGUUACUAGUAUUUGAUGGCUCUCGAAGUUAAUUUGAACGGAUUGCAGUGACGAGUGGAGCAUCUUUUUUCCAGAGAUAAGUGCCCCUUGAUCUGCUACAGGGAUGCGGAUGGGGUUUGCUCCUCAGUACUAGACUCAAAUAGGAAAACCUUUAAGCAAGCCCAUCGGGGCGAUGUCAGUGCUGACCCGGGUGUCGCCGCUGACUUGGGUGUGAAUGUGCCUCAGUGUGUAAAUAUGAAUGUGAGUGUGUAAGUGAGCACCCGUCUGCUGGUGUGCUUGUGUUAAAUAAA